AAGGGAUCCUGCUAGCGAGGGGUCAGUUUGUGCUGCAGUCGCUGCGAAAUGGCAGUGUCAUCCGAACUACAGAUAUACGAUAUAGCAUAGUGUCAAUAGAGUCAAGUCAGUUCGGACGUGUUCCGUGGAUCAGCACUUCCCCGCAAUGCCACAGCGGGGUAGGUCCAGUCGGAGAGAAACCCGCUGUAUGCCAGACUAGAGAUAAAGGAAUUAUAUUGAAUAGGAAGUGGGGCAGGAUAUACGGGCAGAAUCCUGAUUCUUGCACGACAGCUCUUGUCAAAACCACCCUCUCAUCAUCCAUAUUGAUGCCCAUUUCCAUAUUCCUCCGAAUAGGCAAACAUCAUAAUGGCAUCCAAACCGAUCAUCCUCCACAUCGGAGACCCGAUCAAAUUCAACCAUGAUCUGUAUACCCAGCUUUCAGAACAGUUUACCAUCAUCCGACCAUCUGCCGAAGAGCGACAACGUGACGCAUUCAUGGCAUCUCUGAAAGAGAAGAAAUGGGGCGACUUCCACGCCAUCCUCCGUCCGUUCUGGAAUACAGGCGGUGAAAUGGGACGAUGGGAUAGAGAGUUGGUUCCGUUACUGCCUUCGAGUGUCAAGAUCUUUGCCAGUGCUGGGGCAGGGUAUGAUUGGGCUGAUGUGGAUGUUUUGGCUGAGAAUGGGAUUAUCUACUGUAACGGAGCACAAGCAUCCAGUGAAGCGGUUGCUGAUAUGGCCAUCUUCCACAUCAUCGCCGUCUUCCGAAACAUGCAAUGGUCAAUGAGUGGAGCCCGAUCGACAGAUCCAGACCUGUGGAUGGAUGCGCAUCGCCAUACAGCACGAACUGCUCAUAAUCCUAAAGAUCACAUUCUGGGUAUAAUUGGAUUAGGGAAUAUCGGACAUAAAAUCGCCACAAAAGCACACGCCUGCUUUGGAAUGAAGAUCUACUAUCAUGAUCUCUACCGCAAACCAGCCACCCAAGAGGAGGCUGUCAACGCUGUGUUUUGUCCGACAAUAGAUGAACUUCUUUCAACGUCAGACUGUGUCCUUCUUGCUACGCCAUUUGGAGGAUCGAAAUUGAUCACUAGAGAGACACUGGGUAAAUUCAAAAAAGGAUCACGAUUCGUCAAUAUCGCUCGCGGAGCAUUAGUCGAUGAAGAAGCAUUGGUGGAAGCAUUGAAAUCAGGACAUCUCUUCGCGGCUGGAUUGGAUGUUCAUGAAUUCGAACCACAGGUUAAUAAAGAGUUGGCUUCGAUGAAGAAUGUUACGAUGACGGCACAUACCGCCGGUGGUACGAUCGAGACGGAAAUUGGCUUUGAGAGACUGGCGAUGGAGAAUGUUCGGGCUAUUUUACUGAAACAGGAACCAUUGACGCCUGUGAAUCUGCAUCUAUUUAGGCAGUAACAGGCAGCAAUAGGCAGCAAUGGGUCAUGCAUGGCAAAUCAUGCAAGGUUGGUAAUCUGCAUUCUGCAGACAUCAAAACGGUUGCCCAAAAGGGAAA